AUGAAGGGUUCGGGGCUGAUCAUAGAGGACGAUUCGCCCAAAUCGAAGAAGCCCGCGGCAAAGAACCCCUUCUCCUUCUUUGCACCCAAGCCUGGUGCUUCUGCUGGCCGAGCCCCCGCCCCCUACAGCAUCUUUGACGAAUCGCCCACCAGCCCCCCGACCGCCCCUAAGGCCACGAAAGGCACGGCAGCCCCCAGCACUCGCCCUGCACAUCCAGUCGGGGGCGUCCCACCCCCUUCCAUCUUCGAUGAUCCUCCCAUUCUGCCAUCGGCUGGCGCCAAGCCAAAGCGUGCUGCGCCCGCAAGCGCUGCACCACAUGCCAAUAGCCCUGCGGGAUUCGAUGUUGGCGACGGGUUCGACUUGAUGAAGGAGCGGCUGGCCGAGCAGGAGAAGCUCAAGCGCAAGGCCAAGGAGCAGCUGCAGACGACCGCCACCAGUGGCGUGGCCAGCGGCGGCAGCAAGCCGCGCUCGGCGUCGACCGUCGCACCAACUGCACCCAAGUCGCAGCAGCAAAAGAAGAAGGACAAUCCAUUCUCGUUCAAGAACUUUGCGACGAGAGGCGAUGAAGAGAAGGACAUGGACGACGAUGAGGAGGAAGAGGAGGAGAGUGGUACGGGCGGCGGCGAUGGUGAUGGCGACGAGGAAGAGGAGGAACAGGCGCGACCCGGCGAGAAUCCGUUUUCGUUCAAGGCCUUCGCCAAGAAGAGCGCAGAUGGGAAGUCGCAGCAGCAGCCACAGCAACAGCAACAGCAACAGCGGCCUAGGAAGACCACAAAGACACCUGCAUUGCCCUCCCUGUCUGACGAUGACGAUGAUGAUGACGAGAACGAAGUGGCGAGCGUCGGCACCGUGGGGAGCGAUCGAAGGAAGGCGAAGAAGGAGAAUCCGUAUUCCUUCGCCGCGCUCGCUACACCAACACCAUCCCCGCCACCGCCGUCCACCAAGACCACCUCGCUGCCGCUGCCCGCCAUCAGUGAAAGCGAAAGCGAAGACGAUGAAGACAACAUCGGCAUUCCCUCGCUGCCCGCCCCACACGCGAUGGAGGCGCCUGAUCUGGAUGUACCUGACUUCUCGGUUGAGAGUAGCGACCGGAAGCGUGGCGACAGCGACGCGGAGUCGCGUUUGAGCGCCCAGGUUGCGGAGCUCAAGGCGCUGCUCCUGCGCGCCGAGGCCAAGGCCGACGAGGAGCGGAAACGCGCCGAGGCCAUCGAGCGACGAGCGCUCAAGGCGGAAAAGGCGCAGGCGCGGCUAAGGAAAAAGGAAGAGGACGACACCAAGCAGCUCAACGACGUCGUGCAGGCCAUCGAACACAAUCUGAUGUUGGCCACUGCGCGAGCCGAGAAGGCCGAGGCCAAAGUGCAGCAGCUGGAGGACCAGGCCGCUCGCUGCUCGUGCGGUCGCGGUGCCGGUCACGGUGGUGACAACUCCGAGGCCCAACAGCAGCUGCGGACGAUUCACGAACAGAGCGCGUACCUCACGGCACAGCUGCACCAGGCCGCCAACGACGCCGAGGCCGGCAUCAAGAAGCUCAUCGGCGGCGUAUCCACCUUGCGAGACAUCGCCACCGUCCUGCAGAGCAUCGACAAGCUGAGCCACCUCCCCGCCGACUCCUGA